AUGGCCGCCAAACGACCGUGUCAUGUCACGGUGCUAGGUGAAGAGUACCCCACCGACCACAUGACAAACAUAUCUCCCACAAUUGUGUCUAAGCUCCCACUGAAACUACACACACAACCCUCGCAUCCCCUCAGUACUCUCCGAGCACUCAUAGAAUCCCACUUUCCCUCAUACGCUCACCUCUCCUCGCUCUCUCCCCUCGUCACUCCGUAUCAAAAUUUUGAUCUCCUGUCUUUCCCAGCAGACCAUCCUGGCCGGUCCGUGACAGACAGCUACUAUGUCAACAAGGACCUCAUGUUGCGCACUCACACUUCUGCACACGAAGUCGAGGUGUUUGGACGCGGAGAGACAAAGUGGUUGCUUACCGCAGACGUGUACCGGCGCGAUGAGAUAGAUGGGUCGCAUUACCCUGUAUUCCACCAAACAGAGGGCGCGCGGAUCGUUUCAGCAAACGCAGCGGGCAUGAAGGAGAUCGAAGAGGACAACGAACGCCUCGUAGCCCAUUUGGAACGGUCCAGUAUAGAAAUUGAAGAUGUCCCCCAUCUAUCGCCUACGAAUCCUUGCCAGCCAGCGCAUGACCCGAAACAUACGGAAAUAAUCGCGAAGAAUCUGAAAUUAUCCUUGAAUAGUUUAAUGCUACAUUUGUUCGGUGGACGUGUUGGUGCUACCGACGACCCGCUUAAAGUACGGUGGAUAGAGGCUACUUUCCCGUGGACGACGCCAAGUUUUGAGGUCGAGGUCUUCUUCCGUGGUAAAUGGCUGGAAAUUCUCGGCUGUGGAGUCAUUUAUCAGCCAACACUUGACAAUGCGAAUGUUCCCGACAAGCUGGGCUGGGCAUUUGGUCUUGGUCUCGAACGGAUAGCGAUGAUUUUAUAUUCUAUACCCGACAUUCGUCUAUUCUGGUCCCAGGACCCGCGCUUCCUCUCGCAAUUUAAGCAAGGCGAAAUCACCACAUUCAAACCGUACUCGAAAUACCCUGCAUGCUUUAAGGACGUGAGCUUUUGGCUCCCCGAAGGCGAGACACUUCAUGAAAAUGAUUUCUGCGACCUUGUUCGGGACGUAGCUGGAGAUGUGGUGGAGGACGUGAAAUUGAUCGACAGUUUCACUCACCCGAAAACUAACCGGAAGAGCCUUUGUUACAGGAUAAAUUAUCGUUCGAUGGAUAGGUAUGCCCCUGUCAGUUUGAAAAGUUUCUCUCUGACCUUGAAUAGAUCACUUUCGAACGAUGAGGCCAACUCUCUCAACACACAGGUCAUUUCCUGUUUGGAAGAUCGGUUCAGAGUUGAGAUUCGGUGA